AAGAAGAAGAAAAGAAGAAAAGAAGAGAAAAGACAAAGAAAAGAAAAAGAAAAAGAAGACGGCUUUGCUUUGAGAAUUUUACUGUACACGAAAACCACAAAUCACAGAGAAGACGAACAACAAUCCAAAGAUUGACAGACAGAUUCAGAUUGUAGAAGACGACGAUUCAGUACAGCAAAAAACAUCUCUCUCUCUAUCUCUCUUCCCUUCAAAUCCCGAAUUUCAAAGCCAUAGCUGAAAAAAGCUUCCACUACUCUGAGUCUGAGCUCACAAUCGCAGCAAUUUCUUCUUCUUCACCUCAGUUUCCUCUGUUUCUCUGUGUUCCUGCGAUACCCAUUUGGAUUUCAAUUUCAAUUUCUCUCCAAUGUCCUUCUCCUGCGGAAUCGAGUGCGUCGUCGUGUUGGGUUGCUUGCGCUGGGCAUGGAAGCGCUGCACUUACAUCGGCUCCUACGACAGCGUCUCAUGGCCCCCCGCCACUGUCGACGAUUUCGAGUCCGUCCCUCGAAUCUGCCGCUUGGUCCUCGCCGUCUACGAAUCCGAUCUUCAGAACCCCCAAUUCCUCCCCUCUGGGGGCUACCGCCCCAACCCCCAAUGGCUCAUCAAGCGCGUCACUUACGAGCAGACACUGGGUAGGGCUCCGCCCUACAUAAUCUACGUCGACCACGACCAUCGCGAGAUUGUUCUCGCCAUUCGCGGUCUUAAUCUGGUGAAGGAGAGUGAUUACAAGCUGUUGCUGGAUAAUCGAUUGGGGAUGCAGAUGUUCGAUGGUGGGUUUGUUCAUCACGGCCUUUUGAAAUCUGCCAUUUGGUUGCUGAAUCAGGAGUCCGAGACGCUGCAACGCCUCUGGGUUGAGAAUGGAUCGGAUUAUAAUAUGGUUUUUGCGGGUCAUUCUUUGGGGUCUGGUGUGGCGGCGUUGCUCACUGUGGUUGUGGUUAAUCAUCGGAAUCGAUUGGGGGGGAUUCCGAGGAGUAAGGUCCGGUGCUAUGCGCUGGCGCCGGCGAGGUGUAUGUCGCUUAAUUUGGCCGUCAAGUAUGCGGAUGUGAUUAAUUCAGUGAUUUUGCAGGAUGAUUUCUUACCAAGAACUGCCACACCCUUGGAAGAUAUAUUCAAGUCAAUCUUUUGUUUGCCUUGCCUAUUAUUUAUGGUUUGCCUGAGGGAUACCUUCAUACCUGAGGGUCGAAAACUGCGGGAUCAAAGAAGACUAUAUGCACCUGGAAGAAUGUAUCAUGUUGUUGAAAGAAAAUUUUGCAGAUGUGGGAGGUUUCCUCCUGAAGUUAGAACUGCUAUUCCCGUCGAUGGAAGAUUUGAACAUAUUGUCUUGUCGUGUAAUGCCACAUCUGAUCAUGGGAUUAUAUGGAUUGAAAAAGAAGCAGGGAAGGCCUUGGAAUUAAUGAAAGAAACCUCUGAUAGUACGUCCACAACUGCACCAAAAAUACCAAGGUUUGAGAGGAAGAAAACCCUUGAUAAAGAGCACAAAGAUGCUUUGGACAGAGCUGUUAGUCUGAAUGUUCCUCAUGCAGUCGACCCGAUGGAGGAGGAGAAUUCUCGUCACGAGGGUGAAACAGAAGAGCCCUCUUCAAGUCAAAGUGGAGACUCCUCAACAAAGAUGAAACCCACUUCUGGCCGGACAAACUGGGAUGAUGUGGUCGGAAAGCUAUUUCAUCAGAAUGAAUCGGGAGACCUGCAUCUCAGAAAAGAAGCAGCAACAGUAGAAGAUAAUGUCCCUCAGUCUCAAUAACAUUGUUGCUUCAUUCUUCUACGUUCAAGUCAGUUCGAGGUUAGAUUUCCAUAUGCAUAUCCCAUCUGUUGUGAGUAUGAGUAUAGGAUCAUAUUCUUCAUGUGUUUUGAAUUUUUUUUUUUUUUUUGGUCUGUAAAAUAGUCAUGAUUUAUACAAUUGGGCAGUUUAGUUUGCCUUCAGCGUGAAUAACAAUUAUGAAGAUGAGAAGGGAAAGAAAUGGCUGUCCUCUUGUGCUGAGAACAUUCAUCAAAAUUGCGGUUGAUAUGGUGUGUAUUAUUUUGGUUGUCUUCUAGCGAUCAAUUGAUGUCUUAUUGAUGAUUUUAUUGA